CUCUGUGCUGGGGCAAUGCUGUGCUCUGAUCUCUAGUCUGGAUUCUGACUCCCAGUAAAGACUUCAGUCCUUAUAAGGCAGACAGGGCGGGCAGACAGGGCUGAGCUCAUUCUCUCAGUCUCUCAUUCUCUGCUGCACCUAAAGCAGCUCAGCCUCGUAUCUGCAGCAGCAGCAGCACAGGAGGUUUCAUCCACCCCCCAAAACACCCUCCCCUAAACUAUGGGGAAGUCAGCUUCGAAAGAGUUUUCUGGUGAAGUCUUAAAAGCUCACAACGAUUACAGGAAGAAGCAUGGAGUACCAGGGCUGAAACUCUGCAACAAGCUUUGCAAAGAAGCAGAACAAUACUCCCAAGCUCUAGCCAGCACAAGAGUUCUCAAACACAGCUCAGAGUCCAGCAGAGGACAAUGUGGAGAAAAUCUUGCCUGGGCAUCAUAUGACCAACCUGGUAAGGAAGUAGCUGAAAGGUGGUACAAUGAGAUAAAGAGCUACAACUUUAACUGUCCUGGAUUUUCUUCUGGUACAGGUCACUUCACAGCAAUGGUCUGGAAAAACACCAAAAAGAUGGGAGUUGGGAAAGCCACAGCCUCAGACGGCUCCACGUUUGUCGUGGCCAGAUAUUUCCCAGCCGGCAACAUCACAAACCAGGGAUAUUUUGAGGAAAACGUUUUGCCUCCAAAAAAGUAAAAUUGUGAAUGUCAAAAACAGACUGUAUGAAACAGGGAAAUCUGAAGGAAAUGAAUUUGGACAUUGAGGAUUCUCAUCCAGUGACUUGGCUCCGAACUGCUAGACCUGCUCAUAUGAUGCUGGAGAAAGUCCCAACACUUCAGCUCCGUGUGCGCCUGUGUUUUAUUCUGUUAUUAUUGAUAGUGCCAACAUAGCAAGCCACUUGCAGAUGUAACCAAAAAUCACCUGACUCCCAUUAGGAACAAUGUAGGAGACUUGCAGCUUCUCAGCACCCAGAAUGCCAAAGGUAACCCUGUGUUAACUCAACCUCUUGAGCAAUAGCAGUAUAGGAGCUUGUUCAAGCACGGUGGCCUCCCAUCCCACAGUCUGUUCCAGAAGCCCUGCCUGCCACGACAGGGUAGUCUUUAUUCACACUGAUUUAUUUCUGUCUUUUAAAUUCAGCAGGUUAUUUUCCCGGUAAUACACAUUUUUGGUCUUCCUGCAGCCUGGUUUGUAAACUGCCUGAUGAGGGAUGGAAUGGUCAUUUUCUCCUGUUGUAAGGUAGAGUGAGCAGAGGAGGCUGGUAAUGGCAGAGUCAAUCCUGGUCCCCUCACCCCUCGUUCAUUGUUCCUGAUGGGAGAGUGAGAAGGCUUGUGUGAGGAAAGAUGACAGGGCCAGCAGAACUUUAGAACAGACCCCCGAAGGUGCAGUAAAACUGAGAAAGUCUUGCUAUGUGAUGGAUAGAAACACAGACAAGCAUCAAAACUCUUCACGCUCAUCCUUCAGUGUUAUGUGGGUGUGGUCCUGUGUCUUUUUAAAAAAAAUUGUUUCCCUAGAUGGAUGUUUCUCUUCAUUGGAUCUUGUUUCUCUUCCUUGAAUGACUGAGUAGCACUGACUAUCCUCCUUUCACUGUGAAUGGGACAGUCUGCUGCAGGAAUUUCUCUGUCCGGGAAUGACCAGCAUGCAAUAUGAGGUGGAUAAUGCACAUUGUUCUCUUUUUAAUUCCCCUCCCUCCCCCCGAACAAUAAAUGUUACUUUCUCCCACAAGUGAUCCUCAGGCUGUAGUGAUCCAACCACAAGUUAGUAAUACGUACACACGAAAGCUUUGAAUGACAGACAGCCCCUGGACUAGGACUCACCCUAUGCGGUUAGAGGUCCAUGCUGGACACUUGAACCAUUGUGGGCACAGCCCUUUAAGCUGAAGCAGUAUUUAACUGUGGUAGGUCCCUCACUCUGUACCUCAUCCAAGAGCCCAAAGACACUUGGCUAGAAGCCAGUUAACUAAACCACUCUGACUCAUUCAGGAUUAGAAACUAAACCUCACUGAAUUCAAUGUAAGCAGUUUAUGGAGAAACUUUGUGAAGAACUGAGUUUGAUUGAGAUUGAAUGCACGUGUGUUGCGCACAUAACCCUCAGCUCUGUUAAGUCUUGCUUAAUAUCAAAAUACCCAAAUAAAUUAUUUUUAGAGUUUUUGUCAUGAGCUGGAGGUUUGGGGUCUGUGCCUUGGUUGGUUUCUCUUCCUCUUCCUUAUCUGUAACACACUGCAGAACAGGCUGAAAACCCUGCUUCUUAAGAGUUCUCACAAAGUGCAAAUGCAAACGUAAACACAGCAAACAAUUUCCGUGCCUGCCACAUUCCUGACUUUCCCACAAAUGUCUGUUACAACUUUCUUUAAAAAAAGCUUUUGUUCCCAAUUUUGCUUUCCCCUUUCUCUAAAGAAGCUUCUGCCUCGAGGUGAAAAUUCAGGAAGAGGUUAAUAUUUAUUCUCUCUUCUCUUUGCCUUGUCUGUGCACUGUGUUUGGGGGCAGCAGAGUGGCUUUCAUUUAAACUUUAAACAUUUUUAUUUACAGCAAAGGCUAUCUCUUACCUUUAUGAAAUUUUAAUGCUAUUUUUCCACAAUAGAGACUGUGCCACCAAAACCAUACUGCUCAGGCCUGGUUUUCCAUUAGGUUUGCUUUGUUGUUUAAACACAGUUAUUGCAAGUUACGGUGACAUUUCUGUCUUCACAUACUGUGUGACUUAGCCAUGAUGUUAAAGCCAGUGCACUCUUGGGGUGAAAGAGCUCAUGAGAGCUCAUGAUUGUAAGUUUCGACUUAUGCAAAUGUAUCUGAAAUCUGACCCUUUCACUCAUCCAGAGAAUGGUCAUUUCAUUAAAAAACAAAAUCUUAAAAAUGAA